CAUUUAUAUAUUUUAAAACGGUUCUUUGGGUUUUCUCUUUUUUUUUCUUGCAUUUCAAUAGUCAAUAAUUGUACCUCUAUCACAUUCUUUUUUCUUCCUUUUCUUCUAUUGACUCGACAAAUUGAAACCAACUUUGCAGUUACACACAAACGCGCACCGCGCCUAUUGUAAAUAUCACAGCAACAACUCCAAAAGCUAACAUCAAGACACGCAGUGAAAUGCAACAACACUACAGUCAGACGUCUUCAAAACGCCACAGGGACUCUGCAUUUAGAUCACAGUCCAAAGAAUCCAUGUAUCCGGGCUGUUGGGAGGGCACGAUUAUGAAGACCAUUUACUCGCCGAUCGGCAUCCCAGUCGUUCUUCCUGCAGUCAAGCGUCUGCGAGUGCCGACUCCUUGCCCGAAUGUCAAGCAGGAUAACCAAAUCAUUGCGAUAGAAGAAAAGGAGUCAAACGGCUGUCUACAACCGACCAACAGUACAGAGUGCUCUGCUGUUGAAAGCAAUCCUGUCGUUGACGGAAAAGACGUUACUGCCGAACCUCCUCUGAUUAUCGAGAAUGCGCAGCCCAAACAUGAAGAUCAGCAGGACACCGGUUUGGCAGACAGCUCAUCUGUCGUUGGCGAUAGCACAGAGAAUCAGUCCCCUAUAUGUGAUAUCUCUGACUCGGAGGAUGAUCAAUGCACCGUUGUCACUCAAACCCAGAAACUAGAAGAAUACGAUGACAACGUCAACAACGACGACGAUGCGAUCAAGCAUGCCACAGAUCAUGUCGGCCAUGAGGAGCACAACCAGCAAGAGGACGGUGGUCACAGCAACGGCGACAGAUACGGAAACAAUGACGACAACAAUAGCACAUAUGAGACUGAACAAGAGCAUGACCAUGAUCACGACCACAAUCACGGGGCCAGUGAUACAAACGAAAACAACCAUGGUUACGAGAGCGAAGCUGAGGGUUACGAUGAGCGAUAUGAAGAUGAAAACAAUGGAGGAGGCGAAGAGGAAGAAGAUAUUGCCGAUGGCACGCUGGAGGAGAUUGAGGAGCUAGAGAAGCUGAUCCCUGGCCUUUCUAGCCAGUAUCGAUUGCUGGGAAAGAUUGGAGAAGGCACGUUCAGCACAGUGUACAAGGCCAUUGACCUUCAGCACGAUCGCUACGACAAUAGCAGCUGGACGAUGAUCUUUGACAGUGAGGACAGCAACUUUGGCGAAAAUGCAGCGGACGAUAAUGACUACGGACAGAUUUUAAGGGCGCGGCGGAAAUCAAACCAGCAGCAGCAGCAGCAGCAACGGCGGGCACGCGUGGUAGCUAUCAAGAAGAUCUACGUCACAAGCUCACCGGCGCGCAUUGCCAACGAGAUUAGCAUUCUCAACGAUCUGAGGGGCAGCAAAUUCAUUGCGCCUCUGGUGACCGCAAUGCGCAAAGAAGACCAAGUGGUUGUUGUCCUGCCGUACUUCCCCAACGACGACUUUCGGCGGUUCUAUCUAGAGAUGCCACUGGAAGAAAUGCGAUGGUACUUUGCUUCGCUUCUCAGCGCGCUCGCAUUUGCUCAUUCCAAGGGCAUUAUGCACCGCGAUAUCAAACCGUCGAACUUUCUCUACGACGUCCGGCGUCGGCAUGGCGUCCUCGUGGAUUUCGGCCUGGCCGAGCGCGAGAAUGAUCAGGAGGCUGUGCGGUACCGGUCGCGGCACGCUUUGCAGAUGGACACAUCAACAGCCAGCCGCAUGUUCUGCAGUAUUGAUCAGAAGGGCCGCCCUGGGAUCCCGCGCCGGGACACGCGUCCAGGCCUACGUGCCAACCGUGCGGGCACGCGUGGGUUUCGCGCACCAGAGGUACUGCUGAAGAUUCCGGAACAGUCGGUGCUGAUUGAUAUUUGGUCUGUUGGUGUCAUUCUGCUGUGCUUUUUGACCCGGCGGUUUCCUUUUUUUCAGUCGACCGAUGACACAGAGGCAUUGCUGGAAAUUGCUGUGCUGUACGGCCGUCUGGAAAUGGAACGGGCGGCCGUGGCGCUCGGUCGCACUUUCCUGACCAACAUCCCGACUGUCAAGGACCGUGGCAUUCGCUUCGAGAGCCUGGCCAAGGCAUACAACGCCGAGGGCUUUCCAUAUUUGCCGCCCGAAGUUUUUGAUCUUUUGCGCAAGAUGCUGGCUUUGAAUCCGGGGUCGCGAUAACUGCCGAACAGGCACUGAACCAUCCGUUUAUCACUGAUAGAAGAUAAACACUUGCAUUUCAAUUUAUUUAAUCAAGUUCUCCUGCAUUGACUGUUUUAUUAUCAACGAGUUGUCCCACCCAGC